GGAAUGAAUUGGUUAAUCAUUCUAGGUUUGAUUUAUUUGUGUUAGGCUGAGCAUUUUCUAUAUGAAUCAGAGACAGGAGUUACUAUACAAAAUAUCAUUAAUAAAGAUAUAGAUAUCAAUAUCAAAUUCAAAAAACAAUUUACAAGAACUCCAAAGAUUGCCUAUUCGAUCGGCUUAUUAGAUAUGACUGGUUCUUCAUUUAUGAGUGAAAUUUUGAAUGUGAAUCAAGAAGGUAUUUCCCUAAAAUUAAAGCAGGUUUCUCUAUAAGAGUUAAAGGAGAUAAAAUUGAUUAAAUCUCAUACAAUUGGAUGGCCACUGAUAACCCUUUAGUUCACAUUGAAUAUGUUAAGUCAUAAGAAUCUGAAAUAUAAUUACCCCUUUUUAAUUAUGAUAGUGAUACAACUCCUUUAGUUAACUCAUAUUUGGUUGGUGCUACGUUUAAAGAUAAGAAAGAAUUCAAUCAAGAAAUUGUCGAAUUAAACAAGGACAUUAUAAAAAUAGUGACAAGUGGUGCAAAAGAAUUCAAGCUUUGUCUAUUGAUAUCAAACUUCGAGAAUAGUUUCAAGACUGAUGAUUUAGGAAUAAUUGUCGAUUAAGAUGAUCAUACAUGGUUUUCUGCUUCUAAAGAUGCUUAAAAAAUUUUGGUUUCAUCUUAUGAAAUUCCUAGUGAUAUUGUAGAUUUUGUUUAAUUGAUGGGUAUUUCAGGAUUUACAUCUUUAAGUGAUCAUAUAAGAAUAGAAGUUAAUGAAGAAUAGGAAAAUGAUGAUAAUGUUAUAAAAGUUGAAUUUGGAACUUGUAAAAAUUUUAUAUAAUAAAAUAGGGGAUGAAUCAACAAUCAAAUCACUUAGCUUUUAUGGAUUUUAUAUAGGCAAUUAAGAAGUGAGGUAUUAUGAUUAAAAUUGUGCUUAUUUGUACAGUGAAUGUGAUUAUUAAGGAUAAGAGGUGAAAAUUUGUGACAAUAAAGCAAAGCUUGAUUAUAAUGGAUAAAUAAAAAGUAUAAGAUUACCCAAAGAUGCUGUAUUCACUCUUUAUGGAAAGGAAGAAUUCGAAGGAAAGAGAUUUAGAAUUGAAUCUAGUAAAUAAUGUAUUGAUGCAUUGUAUCUUGGAAAAUGAGCAUUUAUAUAUAAUGAACAAAUUAAUCAUGAUACUAG